UUAUAGUAGUCAUUCGUUAUAAAACCGAAACAAUUGAUUGCCUUAGCAAUGGCUUCGAUCGAUAUUGACAAAGUACGAAUCAUAGUGAUUGGAGAUUCAGGGGUCGGCAAAACAUCGUUGAUCCACACACUCUGUCACGGAGAACCAAUUGUCAAUCCCUCUUGGACUAUUGGAUGCUCAGUUGAUGUAAAACUGCAUGAAUAUCGUGAAGGCACUUCAGCGCAAAAAACUUACUUUGUGGAGCUAUGGGAUGUUGGGGGAAGUUCUGGCCAUAAAAACACCCGAUCUGUGUUUUUUACCCCAGCUCAUGGCAUAAUUUUAGUGCAUGAUCUUACAAACCGUAAAUCAGAGGGGAACCUUAGGAAAUGGCUUGCUGAGGUUCUAACCAAAGAAUGUAAUGGAAAUACUUUGUCUUCUGUUAGAAUAAAUCCUACCCGAAACCAAGAGAUUGAUGAAUAUGACCCAGAACAGUUCAUUGGUUCAUCACAGAUUCCAAUACUUGUUGUUGGGACUAAACUUGAUUUGGCAGAAGAGGUAAGGACCCAUUUCAAUCGAAGACUGUCUCCCAUCGCCGAAGAAUGUGGUGCUGGUGAAAUUUUUGUGGAUUGUACCACUGCAAAGGCAAUGGCCCCAGGUUCUAGCUCUGCCGUUAAGCUUUCCAGAUUCUUUGACCUGGUAAUUGAAAAACGUUUCUAUAAUAGAGAUCGACCUAGUCCGUUCACAGACAAGCGUAGACUGAUGUCAGGGUAUUCUGGCAACGCGAUAAAUCACAAAGUAUUUCAUUUUGAAUAAUCUAAUUAUAUUUACUGUAUCAAAUUAAAUACAAUUUCGAUAUACUUUA